GUUCAACAAAAUGUCAAUGAAAAUUUGGAAUUUGAAAAUCGAAUUAGGAAGCCGUGUGAUCAGUGUAAGCCCUCCAUGUUCUAUGAAAUGCGAAAGAAGGCAGUCCGAGGUGGUACUAAUGCUCUUUUAGGAUGUACGCAUAUUUCCACACCCAAGCCUAAAUCUAGACAG